CUAGUACCAAUUCCAUAGAAUUCAAAAUCUAGAAUUCAAAAUGAAUUCUUUUAAAUACCAAACACAAAAAUGUUUCAUUUCAAAAUGAAUUCCGCAAAACUUAUGGAAUUCAUUUAUACCAAACGGUAUGUAAGAGAUUUUACAAAAUAAUAUUGGUACAACCCGAAAUUGUACCAUAACGUUAAAUGUAUAACUCCAAAUUGUACCAAAUAACACACCAAUGCUUUAAAUCAUUGUAAAAUUCAAACUGCCUAUGUGUUGCUUCUUGCAACAAUGUGUUUUUUUUUUUUUUUACCUUCCUAGCCAUUGGUCAUAUUCUUUGGGUAAAUGUCAUUUUAUGAAUUCUUUCGUUGAAGAAGAAAAAAAUGGGGCAUUUUGUAGGUUCGUUUUCGGGAGGGACGAAGUAGCGGCUCUUCGACGGGACAUCGAGGCCGCGAGCCGCGUGCAGGCGGUGUCGGCGGUCAUUUGGGCGGCGGCGAUCAGGAUCGCACGAGACAAGAACGUCGUCGACGGUGGUGGAUGUCACUUCGCCGCAAUGACGGUCAACUUGAGGCCGAGGAUGAAGCCGGCCCUGCCGGAGCAAGUGAUGGGGAGCCUCGCAAAACUCCCGGUUUUGGCCGCAUGGCCGGUGGAGAUGAGUGAGGACGAGAAGAACGACGGCUGCUACUACUACGGCGCUGUGGCGGGGAAGCUGAGGGAGUCGUUGGAGAUGGUGACCGACGAGAAAAUGAGGAAUGCAGUACUGGGGAGUAGUGAUCAGUUUUGGGACGCGCUGAGGUACUCCGUGGAGAAGUUCGCCGGAGGGAAUCUGUUGACGAUAAGCAGCUGGUGCAGGUUCCCGUUCUACGAGGUGGAUUUCGGGUUGGGGAAGCCGGCUUGGAUGUGCUUCUUCACCAUGUGUUACAAUCUUGUGGUGCUGUUGGAUGCCGAGGAUGGGGAAGGGAUUGAAGCGUGGGUUACGUUGAGUGAGGAGGACAUGUCGAAAUUCGAGAAGGAUAUUGGAGUGCUGAAAUAUGCUACUUGCUCCAAGAGUGUGGGGGUGUGCGGCUUCUCGAAUCCGAGUUAAAUUAACGCCGCAUCGAUUGGGUAUAGAGCGAGUAUGGAUGAUAUCUAGAGAAAAAUAAUGAUUGAAGUGGAUUAGAGAUUGGUUCAGAUGUCUCUGCUCCGGCCUAUCGUGACUUCUGAAAUCCACCGUGCGCGCGUAUGUAAUUCAUGUACGUAACUACAUGCAAACAAUUUAUAUUACAUGUGAUAUGAGCUUUUUUCGAUCUUCCAAUAACCACCACAAAGUUUGAAAGUAAUAUAAUUUUAUACUCCUUCAUUUCGCUUUUUCAAUUCAAUCAAGAUGUAUUUGUGUU